AUGACUCCGCAUGUCUGCUGGUGUGUACAUUCCCGCUGUGGCGCACGCCUCACCAACAAGCACUUCUAGCGCUCCGGCCGCGCGUCUGACUGUGUUUGCGAGCGUCUGGAGCGGCUCGACGCGUCCCGUCCCUCUGAAAGUUGAAGACUAAGCGUCAAACCCCCGACCCUCCCGGAGCCACAGAGCAGGAGGACGAGGACUCCGCCAAGAUGUUCAGCACCAAAAGACUGAAGAAGAAGUCUCAGUCAGUGGAUAUUGCCAGCCAAGGCUUCUCCCCGACCCUGGUGCCAGCCUCGCCCCGCAGCAAGGCUGCACCGCCUGUUGCCAAGACAACCAGCGUCCUCGCAGUGCAGGAGAACAACACCGCCAACUCCCAGCGCCGCAGCCCUCGGUGCGGCGAGCUGAAGCGAGGCUACACCAUCGAUACCGGCCAGAAGAAGACUCCGGAGAAGAAGGAUGGGAGACGCAUGUCGUUCCAGAGACCCAAAGGGACCAUUGAAUAUUCUGUGGAAUCGCGGGACACGUUGAACAGCAUUGCGCUCAAGUUUGACACCACGCCCAACGAGCUGGUUCAGCUGAACAAGCUGUUCUCCAGAGCAGUGGUGCCUGGCCAGGUUUUGUACGUUCCUGAUCCUGAGUACGUCUCCAGUGUUGGAAGCUCCCCCUCCCUCAGUCCCAUCAGCCCCCUGUCUCCCACCUCCUCAGAAGCUGAUUUAGAGAAAGUGACGGACUCCGAUGGCCCCCCCAGACCAGAAGGUACCCCCCCCCCAGUGUUCCCCGCCCUGCGCCCAUCCAGGGUGGUGUCAUCCACCUCCGAGGAGGAAGAGGCCCUCACGGAGAAGUUCCUCAAGAUCAACUGCAAGUAUAUCACAGAUGAAAAGGGGGCGGUAAGCGGCGUGUUGCUGGUGACGCCCAACAACAUCAUGUUCGACCCUCACCGGAUGGACCCUCUGGUUCAGGCCCACGGGUGCGAGGAGUACGGCAUCAUGUGUCCGCUGGAGGAGGUGCAGUCUGCCGCCAUUUACAAGGAGAUCACUGACCCCAAGAUCAGGGAGGCUGUACCUGAUAACCUGGACCCUCUGCCAGCUGAGAGACAUCCCUCCCAGCAGAAGGACCCAGAGCACCGGCUACGGGAGCCAGUGGCCAAUGACAGUGGCAGCACGGCCCCACGGAGCUCCGAGGGCUCCAUCUCCGAGGACGUCUUCACUGAGUCCGAGCUGUCCCCCAUCCGGGAGGAGGAGCAGGCGUCUAACGAGGACCUCCACCUGGACAAGUCCUCGGGCGCUUCCACGGAGUCCGUGCAAACUGUCACUCAAGCGGAGGCCGCCGGCACCAGCUCCCGGACCCCGGGCGGUACCCACAGCUCGGUGGGCCGGCCAGACGAGCCCGCGGUGGAGGGAGCCAAGGACAGUCCACCCGACACUGCCACAGAGAAUGACAGCCAGUCCCCCACGGUACCCAAGCAGUACAGUGUAGAGAAGCCACCAAGCACACCCACUACCAGCAGCAGCAGCACUAGCCAGGCCCAGGGUCCCAGCAACAGCACCUCCCGACCAGCGUCCCAAAGCGCCAAUAACCCUGGGGCCACGGACAUCACCUGCGCAUCAGCCGGUCCACAGGGGGACACUAAGGAGGGGACAGACAUCCCCACAGCGGACACUAUGCAACAAGGCAAGGAGAAUGUUGAAGAGAUGCAAAAGGAGGACACGCAGAACUCUGGAGACGGUACUGCGUCUGGUCAGAGGCGAAAGCACCGCUCUCACAAGUUCUUGUGUCUGCGGGUGGGGAAGCCCAUGAAGAAGACGUUUGUCUCCAACGCCAGCGCGUCCAUGCAGCAGUACGCCCAGCAGGGCAAGAAGCAUGAGUACUGGUUUGCUGUUCCGCAGGAGAGGUCAGACCAUCUGUACGUGUUCUUCAAGCAGUGGAGCCCCGACAUGUACGGUGAGGGGGUCAGGGGAAUGGGACAGGAGCCGGGGUUUAUGGUUGUCAAAAAGAACGAGUUGUCGGAGGCGGCACAGGACGAGCCCGUCACCGACCUCAACAACAAGGAGUGGGAGGUAGUGUCUCUGACAGAGUACCACCGUCGGAUUGACGCGCUAAACAGUGAAGAUCUGCGCUCGCUCUGCAAACGACUCCAGAUUACCACCAAGGAGGAGGUGAACUCCAAACAUGGAAUGUCCAUCAAGACUGAGCUGGAACCAGACACGUUCAAACCCAAUCUCAGAGAACCCAGUGACCUCCUGGAGGCCGACCAGAUAGAAAAGCUUGCCAGGAAUCUACCACCACGGACCAUUGGAUACCCAUGGACGCUGGCCUUUGGCACGGCUAAGCACGGCAUGAGCAUUAAGACACUGUACAGAGCCAUGCAGGGCCAGGACACACCGGUGCUCAUGGUCAUUAAGGACAGCGACGGCCAGGUGUUUGGUGCAUUAGCAUCUGAGCCCUUUAAAAUAAGUGAUGGCUUUUAUGGCACAGGAGAGACCUUCCUCUUCACCUUCAACCCAGAGUUUGAGGUGUACAAAUGGACAGGUGACAACAUGUUCUUCAUCAAGGGAGACAUGGAUUCCUUAGCUUUCGGUGGAGGAAGCGGUGAGUUCGGACUGUGGCUGGACGGAGACCUCUACCAUGGCCGGAGUCACUCCUGUAAAACAUUUGGGAACCCCAUGCUCUCAAAAAAAGAGGACUUCUACGUGCAGGACAUAGAGAUCUGGGCUUUUGAAUAAUAAGAACUGCCCCACGGGAGAUAAAUACAAGAGGUCCCACGGUGGGCGACGAGGAGCGCGCCUCCUUUAGAACACUGGCAACGUCCCAAACCUUACUGCACAUCACCAGGGCUCCCCACGCUGGAAGCCAGCUAUUGGAUGCUUAUUGUGCAUUACUACUGCAGUUAUUACGGAGCUUUUUUUCUUUGUGAAAAGUUACCUUUGUGUGUAUCUUGUUACAGCCUUGUGCAGAGUCCUUGCAGAUUAGGGUGAGUGUGUAAAGCAGUAAAUGUGGCCAUGAGAUUAUAUCAGAGGAAUGAGGAUGGGGAAGUGGGGGCGGAACCAUAAGGACCUUUAAGGGAGAGGACCAUUGAAGCACCUCUGUCAUCAGAGGUGGUGAAGAUGAUGGCAGCGGAGGUUUGGGACGGCCGCGAUGAGAGAAACCUGCCCCGCUGAACCUCAAGAAGUCCCUCAACCGCCCAAGAACUCUGUUUGGUAGGAUGUUACUCACUGUGCUGUCAGCCAAUGGAGAAGAGAAAGACCCAGGUAGAGGGAAAGAAGGGAGACACGGCGAAAACAUUCCACUCCUCCUGGUGACGGUGGAGAUUACAGUUCAGAUUUGUGGUAAAUCACCUGUAUACAAAACGCGUCCGUAGCAGGAUACGAUGACACCUAACUCAGAGCAAAGAAAAUUCCCUGGGGGAGGGAGGGGGGUCUUUCUACAGUACAGUCUGGGGUUGUUUUCCGAGGCUAAACUUGUAGAGUAUUGUGUAAUGUAGUCCUCCUGUCGUUCACUGUCAUAGCACACCAUCUGAAAGCACAUAGCGAUAACCCAUCGUUGUAAUGUUCUGUUCAGUGGGUGUACGUGUGAGUCCAGCUGACACUGGCUCCUCUCGCAGGACGCUGGCUGUACGGUUCGUAGACAGUAACGUGUUGCAAUAGAUUCGUGGAAUAUGCAAAUAACUGUCCUGUGACCUCAGAUACCCGCAGGUCGCGGCGCCUCCGCCGCCACCUGCCACUCUGUCGAGAGAAACUUGUAAAGCUUUUACGUCUUGAUACACUAUUGCUUUUCUGGGUAUUGUUUGAAAAGCCUGAGACGUGGUUAACUGUUUUACAUGCAUAUAUGACAAUUAUAUAGUGGUAUAUAUGAUUAUAUAUGGACUUAUAUAAUCAUAUAUAUUUUGCUGUUAAGUGUGACAGUGAUCUUUUUGUGCUGAUAUUUCAGCUGUUACAAUAUAAUGUAUAUUACCCUGUAAAUUAAUGUUAAAUUAGUAGAUUUGUUCAUAUAUAUAUAUAAUAUGUAUAUGUAUUCAUAUAUAUAGACAUAUAAUAUGAAUACAUAAUGCAAAUACAUAAUGCGAUAUAAAUAUAUAUAUAUAUAUAUAUAUAUAUAAAAUAAAGUGUGGAUUGGUGGGUUGCAUCUAGCACUUUAAUCUGGUCGUUGGUUAAACGUGUCAAGGCCAGGUUCUUAGGUUCUCUUAGCAGUAGCUGUACAGUACCUUUUGGUUUAGCUCAUUAAGAUGUUAGCUGUUCGUAGAAAGCUUGCUGCUACCACUAUCAAUAAGGGUUUGCCCAAAUGCUGUGUGUGUGUGUGUGUGUGUGUGUGUAAAAAGGAGGAGUAUUCAGCAGUGGAAGGGGGGAGCUGAGCGUGGUUAAGCACGGCAGCAGGGUCAGGUUUCUCCCCUCGUGUGGCUUUCAGGUGAGUGUCAGUAGGUCCAGGUAGGUAUGCUGACAGACAGACUGACGCUGACAGGCAGGCGACGGAGGGCCAAGGGAAGCGCGUACAGCACGCGACCUUCCCCCGUCCAGGAGCUGUCUUCCACUCCAGUAUUUGUGUCCUUGUGGAGAAUCACAAAGAAUAACAUGGAUAAUUCUUCCAAUUAUUUCAACACAAUACAGUGUAUCAGUGAUGUAUAAAAAAAUAAUAAUAAAGCUGAAUUAAUUGUUCUAACCUGGGAAAUGA